UUUUUUUUUUCCUUUCUUUGAUCUAUCGAUUGGGUUGAAAAAGGAAAAUUGACGCAUGUGCAUCAGAAUUUAAAAACCCUCCUUUUUCCUACCAACACACCUCUUGUUUUUACGAAUGAAUCGUCGAGACCCACAACGAUUGAUUUGUCCACAUCAUCCUCUUGACGAUCCUUUACCCUCGCCCGUCUCGUUCUCUUCACCGCCGCUCCUUCCCGUCACCCGCGUUCAAACGUCACGGUCCACUCCUUUGCCGAGAAAGAAGAACAAACGUUACAAAGACGUGUAUCAGCACAGUGACAGUAUCCUUCCUCAUGUUUACGAAUCGCAUCCUACCUCGCCCAUUCACCUUCCUUGCCAAACCAACGACGCUCACCCCAUUCCUUUCUUAAAAACCCUGCCGAUCAGAAACAAGCGGUGCAAUGCCACCUCGCCACAACGAACCACACGCGUGGAUAUUCUUCAGGAACCACGACUUCACCAGACAUUUCAAUACAUUGGCCAUCCUCACGGUCGCAUCAAAUCCCAUCGCGUUGGAUUCGCAGAAUACGGUGCUCUCGACGACGGUCAUCCUGCAAUUGUAAUCGGCGGGCACGGCUGCAGUCGACUUGUAGGCGUCAUGUUUGAAGAAGUAGCUCAACGCUAUGGCAUCCGCAUGAUUUGGCCGGAACGUCCAGGGUAUGGAUUAAGCGAAGAGUGCAAUCCACAGGAUCUGAGUGCACUGGAAUGGGCAGAUGUUGUCAUACAGUUGGCGGAUCAUUUACGCAUCCGCCGAUUCAGUCUUAUUGCUCAAUCCGUAGGGACCGUUUUCGCGCUCGCUAUUGCCCUGAAGUGUCCCUCACGGGUGCUUGGACCUAUUUAUUUGAUAUCGCCGUGGGUAUCGACCCAAGCAGCCAAUACAUUCAAAUGGACUCGACGAUUACCGGCUUCACUCGUUACACGCACCAUUUCUUUGGCCAUGGAUGUCAUGUGGAUGUUCAAUAAAGGCAUGUCGAAAGAGAGCUUGCCAUCACGACAAAACCCCAACCGUAUCUCCGACGAAGACUCCGUUUCGGAUUCGUCGACGAGAACCAGUGAUACCAGUCGCGGCAGCAAAAAGAGCCCUCUUGGAUCACCGGACUCCAGUAUCCACAGCACACUGACCGCAUUUGAGGAAGACGAACUUUUAGCGUCAUUGGAAGACGACAAUCUAGAAUUAUCGACGGACUUUCCUCCGCAUCGCCCUUUGAGACAUGUCGUGCGACCGAAACAUGUAUCGCUGUAUUUGGCCAUGAAUCGAUUACGCAUGUCCGAACCGUACAGUCAAGGCCAAUUAGGCGACGUCCUUGUGGCGUUGGAAAAGUAUCAUUCUUUCGGUUUCAGCUACUCGGAAAUUACGACUUCGGUUUCUGCGGUUUGGGGUGAAAAGGAUGGAUUAAUACCGCAAAAAGCCAUUGAUAUCCUUGCCAAUAGUCUACGAGAUGUGCGUCUGAAGAUCCUGGAUGGUGAGAGCCAUGAUUUGGUAUGGAAAGAAGGGGUUAUGGAAUGGACCAUGCGAGGUAUCGCCGAACGGUGGCGAGGCAAAGUACACAAAGGCGAACGCCCGGUCGUUCACCACUGAUGUCUACACGGAACCCAUCGCUUCACAUCGUUUUCAUUCUUUAUUUUCUUCUGUUACACUCAUUAUCAUUUUUUUCCUAUUACUAUUAUUAUUACUUAUUAUCAUUUCUUAUUUUCUUUUACGGUUUAUUCAUUCAUUACAGUAUUCUCCUUAUAAUCUCACUUUUUGUACGUUUAACUCGCAAGAUACCGCCACAUUGUGCCAAUUUUCUAGCAUAUGUUUUAAAAAUCCCUUUUUUUUUCUUCAAUACAUUCGUUUUAUUAUUACC